ACAAAGCUUCCAUCAGUGACGUUUCAUCAGCACCAUCAAUUCAUCAUCUUCAUCUAUCCAUCCAUCCAACGACCAACAUUCCACAGAACCCUAUCUAUCCAAAAUCCAAAAAGGAAAGAAUUAAAUCCUUUUUUCCAUGGCAUAAAAAAAAUUACAGGGCCCUUUGAAAUCCAAUUGUUUUAUUUAUAACAAAAACAUUCUAGGAUUUUUUUUUAUUUUUGGAGAAUUCUAGAAGAUGACUUCGACGACUCCAACGAACCGAUCCUCCUCCGGUGACAUCAUCGACACGACGCCGUUUCUGUCAUCAACAAGCAGCGUGUCACGGGACGAGUCUACCACGCGUCGAUCUGUACGUCACCAGAGCCUUAGUGAAGCGGCUCGGUUCCUGCGCCGAGCCAGCAACCGAAGAAUAAUGCGUGAGCCGUCCAUUCUGGUUCGAGAAACUGCCGCCGAGCAGCUCGAGGAGCGCCAGAGCGAUUGGGCGUAUUCGAAGCCCGUUGUCAUCCUCGAUAUUAUCUGGAAUUUCGCGUUCGUGGCUGUGGCAGUUGGGGUUUUGGUUUUGAGCAGGGACGAGAUGCCCAAUAUGCCGUUGAGGCUGUGGAUAAUUGGGUACGCUUUGCAAUGUUUGUUGCAUAUGGUUUGCGUUUGUGUGGAGUAUAGGCGGCGGAGGAGGCGGCAGAGCAUGGCGUACAGACCAUUUAGUGAAAGGGAGGAUGGGGUUUUAAGCCCGGGAUCAAGGGUGGAUUCAGAGCAGUACGUGACAUUGGCCCAGUUGGAAGAGGAUGGUGGAAGCAGUGUUACCAAGCAUCUGGAAUCUGCAAAUACAAUGUUUUCGUUCAUCUGGUGGAUCAUUGGAUUCUACUGGGUAUCCGUUGGUGGCCAAGCAUUGGCACGUGGCUCCCCUCAACUUUAUUGGCUUUGUAUAAUUUUUCUUGGUUUUGAUGUGUUCUUUGUUGUUUUCUGUGUUGCACUGGCAUGCAUCAUUGGCAUUGCUGUUUGCUGCUGUCUUCCAUGUAUUAUUGCAAUCCUAUAUGCUGUGGCAGAUCAGGAAGGAGCUUCCAAGGAAGACAUUGAUCAGUUGUCAAAAUUCAAAUUUCAAAAAAUUGGCGAUGAUGAGAAAUCUGCGGCUGAUGUCCAAGGACAUGUUGGGGGAAUAAUGACUGAAUGUGGUACCGAUUCCCCCAUGGAGCAUGUGCUCCCGGAUGAUGCAGAAUGUUGCAUUUGCCUUUCUGCUUAUGAUGAUGGAGUUGAGCUAAGAGAACUUCCUUGUGGUCACCAUUUUCACUGUGCCUGUGUAGAUAAGUGGCUGUACAUCAAUGCUACCUGUCCUCUCUGCAAGUAUAACAUUCUAAAGAGUAGCAGCCAUGAGGAGGUGUAGAAGAAUGGAAAAUAAUUAUUCAUGGUCACAUCUGGCAUAAGAUUUCAGCUCGAGAGCAUUUUAAUGCACAGCGUAGGCUACUCUGUUGUUGUUCUAGUGAUGAUAGAUUUAGACGUUGUCUUCAUGGUACUGGUGACUGUCAUGAUGUGCUUGUUUUAGCACUGGCCUUCAUUGAGGAAUUGUGUAUAUCUUUAAUGUUUCCCGGGGCAUUUAAGGAUUUUAAAAAAAUGAGUAUUAAAAGUACUAAAUUUACCUCAACAAGAUUUUGAAGGUAUUAACUACUGAAUUAAUGGUGAUUAAUACUUGUCUUAACCUUCAACAAGACAUCACUAAAACAGUUAAACUAUGUAUUGAAUGUUAAAUUAAAUUAUAGAACCAGUUUUUGUACUCAGAUGAAAUAUAAUAAUUUGAAUAAAUUUAUUUUUUUUUAUACUUUUUGAGAUGUAAAAUGUCCCAAAAUAUAAUGAAGUUAUAAAACUAUUAACUAUUGAUGUAUCAUUUUGAUGCCAUGUAAGUAUGAACCAGCGUAUUUUCUUUCUGUCCGUGUUGAUGGGAUUUCCUUCAUAGCUCUUUACCUAAUAAUAUUGAUUGCUACCGAACCUAUCAAAUCAAUCAAGCAUCACCGUUUAGCACCGCAAGCAAUCAUUACUAAAUGUCAUGUAUUAGCCAUUAAUGAGUGAGCAAAGUCGGCAUUUCCAGUGUAGAAAGGCAAAACACCUUCCCACUGAUUGAGGGAGGCGGGUGAUGAUGAUGAUUCAUAUUUCACAUUGCCUUUGCUUGUGACUACUUUCUUUUCACUAUCUUUAUAUAUAUAUAAAAAAAAAACAUUUCAAAGAUUUUAUAGGAAAAUUAGCUCAAGCUCCUUCCUUUAUCAGAGAAUUGCAACUCAAAUCUAAAAUUUUUUUAUUAUCUAAUUAAAUACGGGCCAAUCACUUGAAUCAAAUCCAAGUGAUUAUAACAGUUAUUUUUAUAAUUUCAUGAAAAUAAAAAUAUAUUGCCCAUUCCUUCAUAUACAACAAGCCAAAGCUCUCUUCAUGCUUCUUUCCAAUUUAACUUUACUGGUUCUUGUUUAUAAAUAUUAAAGAGAAAAUAGGGAGAAAAACUUGUAUAUUUUUUGAUGUAAGAGAGUAUAAACUUUUGGAAACCCAAACCCUAGCCUCAAUCAAGUCAACCUUUCCCUUGUGAUUGCACAUUUUGUUUUCAUCAUUCCAGAAACAAUUACUAGUGAAUUGAAAUUCUUCUAUCCACAAUCAUAAUACAACUUUCAAAGUCCAUACAUUACACUACACUCGUUCUCAUUGUAGUCCGGCUAUAACCCUGUUCCUCCACACCAUUCGUUUGGCUCUUUCACCUCGGGCCCCACAACUUUCCCACUUGUCACAUUCUCUAGCCCCUUACAACUAGGGCCUAUCUCACUGACAUGUGGCAUAAUCCUUACCGGUAUACCUAUCACAGUUUGACACGUGUUAUUUGCUAGUUGAGGAACUUCCAACUUCACUGCCACAUUGACAAUCCCCCUAGUCCUUGUACCGUCUCCAGCUCGUAACCGGUAGCUUAGUUGCCUGACCGAGCCCACCGGCGGGAGCCCUAUGUCGGCAGCGGGAAUCUGGCACCAACCCAGUUGAGCCUG